AUGCAAAUCUUCCUGAAGAUGCCGAAUGGUCGGUUAACCCUCGAGGUCGAUAGCUCAGACACCGUAGACAAGGUCAAGAAAAGGAUUCAUGUUACAUGGGGCAUCCCGCCACCAUCCCAGCUGGCCCUCCUCUUUGACGGGAGGCAGCUAGAGGAUGGACAUGGACUGGAUGGCUAUGGAGUCUGCGAGGGGUCCACCCUCCACCUCGCCCUUCGUGGGUCGGACUGGAUCCUCGUCUCUGUCAGGCUGCCUAUUGCCCGCAAAAACCCCAUAAUUCCUCUUAUGGUCCAGAGUUCAGAUACCGUCGACAUAUUCAGGGAGAAGCUCCAGGAAUUGAAGGGGAUUACUGCGUCUGAGCAGCGCAUCGUCUUCCGGGGAAGGCAGCUGAAGGAUGGUCUCAACCUAGCGGAAUGUGGCGUGGUGGAGAACUCGUGCCUCGAUGUGUUACUCCGUCUGCGUGGUACAAAUUGCCCUGGUUGUGCGAGGCAGCGAGGGGAAGAAGUUGACUGA